GCCCUUCAUUGCCCAGUACAUUAAGAAUAAGAACGCUAGUAGGUUCGAGUCUACGCUACCAGCUGCCGUCGCUGCUAUACACCGCCAGCACUAUAUGGAUGACUAUAUUGAUAGUUUGCCGGAUGAAGCUACCGCCAUCAGUAUGGUAAAGAAUAUUCGUGAUAUUCACAGUGCGGGAGGUUUCGAAAUCCGCAACUGGACGUGUAAUAGCGCAACUGUGCUCGACACUAUACCUAAGGAUAUUUUAGGCAAUACAGCUGUGACUGCUGUGAGGUUUGGACUGGACGAACAUGACGAAGGUGAGCGCACUCUUGGACUGAUUUGGUACCCUGCCAAGGAUGAACUAGGGUUCGAUGUAUCAUUCAAGCGUAUUCCCGACAGCGUCAUCAAAGGCGAACAGAGACCUACGAAGAGGGUUAUGUUACGUGUCAUUAUGUCAAUUUUUGACAUUUUUGGGUUCUUGUCACCUUUUACUACACAAGGCAAAGUUAUGCUGCAGGACACUUGGCGUCUCCAUAUCGACUGGGACGAUAUUAUUCCAGACGAAUUAUAUAAGAAGUGGUGCAGUUGGUUGGAAUUGCUGAAGGUUAUUGGAGAAAUUCGCCUGCCACGAUGGUUACAGUCAUGCGCUACCAGGUGUAAGAUGGGAGAUGAGUUGACUACGACUUUACCGGGCUCUUCUUUUCAUGUCGUGACCGAGCAAUGCUACAGUGAUUUAGAAGUGCAUUUAUUCAGUGACGCCUCACUUAAGGCAAUGUCAGCGGUUGCGUACUGGCGUUGGAAGAGUAACGAUCAGAUAUUUGUCGCGUUUGUUGCCAGCAAAAGCCGAGUAUCUUCGGUGAAACCUCAAACUGUGCCACGAUUGGAACUACAAGCUGCGUUGCUAGCAGCUCGAGUCGCUGACUCAAUAGCGAAGGCACAUCGUUUGCACGCCACACGGCGAUAUUUUUGGUGCGAUUCAAGUACGGUGCUACACUGGAUUGGCAACAACACUCGUCGAUACAAGACUUUCGAAUCAGUCUUUUCUUAAU